AUGAGCGGUGCAGGCAGGGCGGAAGCAACACCUGCCAGCUCCACAUUGCCUGAGCAGGAGAAGGGCAUGGCAUGGUGGUACCACUGGCUAUGUCACUUGUCUGAGGGGCUGGGGGACAUCUCGUCUGCCAUCUCUGGCCUCUUCAACUGUAUCACUAUGCACCCCCUCAACAUCGCAGCUGGAGUGUGGAUCAUCAUGGACACCUUCAUCCUGUUGCUCCUGACUCUGACCACCCUGUUGGGGAAUGCUGUCACAUUCUCCACAGGAGUGUUGUAUGGACUCUCCGCUCAGGGCAAAAAGGGCUGUGCCAUCUCCUAUGCCAGGAUCCAGCAGCAGAACCAGCAGGUGGAUGAGGAAAAACUCACAGAGACCCUGGAGGAGGAGCUGUGA